AUGAACUCAACACAAGCUAAUUCAUUUAUACUAGCUGGAUAUAGCAACAUUGGACAGAUAAAUUACUUGUAUUUCCUUAUAGUUACUGUGUUAUAUAUCUCCAUAUGGUUUUCCAACACAUUGCUUAUUGUGGUCAUAUGUAUGGAGAGAAACCUUCACAAACCCAUGUAUCUGUUUCUGUGUAGUUUGUUUGUAAAUGACUUGUAUGGGAGCACUGCUUUAUUUCCUGCUCUUAUGACUAAUUUGGUUUCAGAUGACCAUUCAAUUUCCACUGUGUACUGUUAUCUACAGAUCUUUUGCAUAUAUUCAUAUGCGUCUAUUGAAUUCAGUAAUUUAGCAGUUAUGUCCUAUGACAGGUACCUUGCUAUAUGUUAUCCACUAGAGUAUAAUGUCCUGAUGACACCAAAGAAGGUGUGCAUUUUAGUUGAUCUAAUAUGGUUGUCCACUAUUGCAUAUCUGAUAAUACAUUUGUCUUUAACUGUCCGUUUACAAUUAUGUGGGAACAUUAUAGAAAAUGUAUUUUGUGACAACUACCUUGUAGUGAAACUAGCCUGUUCAACUUCUGAUGCAAAAGUAAAUAAUAUCUUUGGAAUGUUUGGCAUUGGUUUGCUGAUUACGUUUCCUUUAUUUACAAUCUUGUUCUCUUAUAUUAAGAUUCUGACUAUUUGUUUGAAAUCUUCCAUUGAGACUCGACAGAAAGCUUUCAGCACCUGUACUCCUCAUCUGGCAUCACUGCUCAACUUCUCCUUUGGUUGUUUCUUAAUACUGAUCCAAAGCAGACUUGACAGGCCUAUGAGAAAUGUUCCAACUCUACUACAGUCUUUUUUAUCAGUGUAUCAUUUAGUUUGCCAGCCACUUUUUAAUCCUAUUCUGUAUGGUGUUCGGAUGACCAAAAUUAGACAGGCUUGUAAAAACAUACUUCCUCAACGUCUCUACAAUAUAGCAUGA